AUGGACGAGAAAUUUAGAUAUAAAUUUAAAUGGGAAAUGGAAGAUUUUACUACCACACGUACGAGGAUUCACACGUACAAUAAAAAGUUUUGGCCUUUGGAGGGAAUUGAUCCUCCUGUAUUUGAUCCCUUUGGGAAAAAAUAUAAUCCAAGCUGUAUCGUUUUUUAUGAGAGUGAAGGAAAUGCUUUCGUAAAAGAAGAAAGGAAAUUCUAUUUAAAAUUUGAUGGUGCAUUACCGAAAGACUUCAGAGUUGAAUAUUCCUGUUCUAUUAAUACUAUAAAAGAAACGGGAAAGGGUAUAACAGAGUAUUUGUAUUCACGGGAGGAAAAACGUGUUGAACAUGGCAGAGUUUUCCUGUUUUCUGUUUUUAUUAAAGGCGCAACUUUGAGGAUUGGUACUAAAGUCCUUGGGUUCUCACGUGAGCAUGAUUAUAUUGCAAUAGAAUUUACCUUUAAAAUGUACUUCUGUGAUUCUGUAUUACGUAAAAGACGAACCAUCACUCCUGCAAUAAAUGUUCCACGUAAAAGACGUUGUAAUAUAUGCUCUGAUUUUAAAAACCUUUACGAUUCGAAAGAAAUGGCUGACGUAACUAUUACUGUUGAUGGUGUCUGUCUUCUCGCCCACAAAUUAGUGCUUGUGACUCACUCUCCUAUUUUUAAAGCUAUGUUCGACAAUGAUUGCUUGGAAUCCAAUACGAAAACCAUCCAAAUUACUGAUGUAGAUGCCUCUACUUUUGAUAAUUUUUUAAGAUGUCUCUACUGCAGUGAAAUCGGGGACAAAAGUUAUGAUAUGGUUCGUAAUCUGUACGUGCUUGCAGAUAAGUAUGCCGUUGAUGCUCUUAAAGAAGAUUGUAGGAAUAUACUGCAGUCUGAAUUAAAUGAAGGUACUGUUUGUCAACUUCUUGAGAUGUCUUAUUUGUUUAUGGAUGAAACUUUGAAAGGAAAGGCGGUUGACUUUUUUAAACAACAUUUUUCUGCAGUGAGUGAAAAGCCAGAAUGGUUCAAAAUAUGUGAAGAUCAUCCCAAAAUGGCCUCAGAUGUUUUGAGAACGGUUACCUAA